AAAGUCAAAAAUAAAAUUAAUACCGAUACAGCAAAGCCUUCUUUUUCCCUAUAAGUAACCUCUCUCCUCUCACCCUUUUUCUCUUCGCCCACCUACGCUUCUGGUUUUUCGGAAGCGUAGAUCCCUCCAUUUCUCUAUCUAAUCCACGCGCGCACCUAUUUGUGAAUCACUGAGAGAGAGAGAAGAGAGAUAGAUAGAGAGAGAGGCGGUGUGGAACAGAAGAGCUUUUCUGUUUCGUUAUUCUGAAAAAGACGCGCGGUACUCAAUAGGGAAGCUUUGAUAUGGCAGCUGCUGCAGCUGGUAUUAGUUAUGCACCUGAGGACCCUGCGCUCCCAAAACCAUGGAAGGGUCUGGUUGAUGAUAAGACUGGAUAUGUUUACUAUUGGAACCCUGAGACCAAUAUAACUCAAUACGACAAACCUGUUGCCCCUGGUCACACAAGCUAUGCGCCAGUUCAUAAAUCUUUGAGUUCAUCGGUUCAGAAGUCCCCCCAAGGACGAUAUAAUGCGAAUGAUAAUAAUGACAGAUAUUCCACAGCUAGCAAUGGAUCAGCAAAGGCUUCUGUACCGGUAACUUAUCAGGCCACCAGAGGAAGAUCAGAUUAUUCACAGAGUGAUGUCGAGGUGAAAGCGAGUGUUGGAUAUGGACCUCAUCCUUCCAAUGGUGCAGACAGUAUUGUGUCUGCUGAAGCCUAUCGCCGGCGUCAUGAAAUUUCUGUGACUGGAGACAAUGUUCCUCAACCAUUCACCUCAUUUGAAGCCACUGGGUUUGCUCCUGAGAUUCUUAGGGAGGUGCAGCAUGCUGGUUUUUCUGCUCCUACUCCAAUACAGGCACAGUCAUGGCCUAUUGCUAUUAAAGGUCGUGAUAUAGUAGCAAUUGCCAAGACAGGCUCCGGGAAGACCUUGGGUUACCUGAUUCCUGGAUUUAUUCAUCUGAAACAAAGGCGUAAUAACCCAAAAUUAGGUCCGACAGUUUUGGUGUUGUCACCAACUAGAGAGUUGGCUACACAGAUACAAGAAGAAGCUGUUAAGUUUGGAAGGUCAUCCAAGAUAUCUUGCACGUGUUUGUAUGGAGGUGCACCUAAGGGUCCGCAACUGAAAGACAUAGACAGAGGUGUUGAUGUGGUGGUGGCUACUCCUGGUCGAUUGAAUGACAUUCUGGAGAUGAGAAGGAUUAGUCUCCAUCAGGUCUCAUAUUUGGUUUUAGAUGAGGCAGACAGGAUGCUGGACAUGGGUUUUGAACCUCAGAUAAGAAAGAUUGUGAAGGAGGUCCCGGCUCGUAGACAAACCCUGAUGUACACAGCAACAUGGCCAAAGGAGGUGCGCAGAAUUGCUGCUGAAUUACUAGUUAACCCUGUUCAGGUUAAUAUUGGAAAUGUUGAUGAGCUCGUUGCCAACAAGGCAAUUACUCAGUAUAUUGAAGUUUUGUCACCAAUGGACAAGCGCAGGCGCUUGGAACAGAUAUUGAGAUCUCAAGAACCUGGAUCAAAGAUAAUAAUUUUCUGCUCUACCAAAAAAAUGUGUGACCAACUGGCAGGCAACCUGACCCGGCAAUUUGGAGCAGCUGCUAUUCAUGGAGAUAAAUCCCAGGGUGAGAGGGAUUAUGUGUUGAAUCAGUUUCGCACUGGAAGAUCCCCAGUGCUUGUGGCCACUGAUGUUGCCGCCCGGGGUCUGGACAUUAAGGAUAUAAGGGUGGUUUUAAACUAUGACUUCCCUACUGGAGUAGAGGACUAUGUUCACAGAAUUGGAAGAACUGGCCGGGCCGGUGCCACUGGCGUGGCAUAUACUUUCUUUUGUGAGCAGGAUGCAAAGCAUGCUUCAGAGCUUAUCAAACUCUUGGAAGGUGCUAGUCAGCGUGUGCCCAGCGAACUCCGUGACAUGGCUUCACGUGGUGGUGGAAUGGGGAGAGCAAGACGUCAGUGGGGCUCAGGCCCUGGCGGACGUGAUGGAGGUCGUGGUGGCGGGCGUUUCGGUUCUUCUCAAAGUGGACGGGAUGGGGGGAGAGGUGGUUGGGGAAUGCCAUCGUCUCCAGAUAGGGCCGGUGGCCGUGGAUAUGAUCGCGAGCCGCGUGAUAGACAUGUCUCUGGAUUCUCUAACGGAUACGAGACAAAUGGCACUGGAAGCUUCCAUGCAUUGACUGCUCCAAAGAGUAGAGGCAGAAGUCGCAGUCGUAGCAGAAGCCCCAGAAAGAUUUCAGGAUGGGGUGAAAAGCCCCGAAGUCGUAGCCGUAGCAUGGAGAGAUUCCCAUCCAAGAGCGCACGAUCCUCUUCUUAUGGCAGCAAGGAUUAUAAAAGCUCGAGUCAUUAUGAGAAAUCACAUUCCUCUCCUAAUGUUAACAGGACUCUACCCGUCUAGUAAACUCCAAUGAUCGAGAGCAAGAGGACGAUGGUAUGCUGUCAGCAGAGAAGGGCACAGUAUCUCGAGGUUAGAGGUUCCUCAGAAUCUCCGAAAUCGACGAGGUGCAGCUUUCAUGCCUUGAUUACCUUUGCUAUAUAGUGUUUGUAGCUGGUGAAUGUUUGAUGGGGGAUUUAAUCUGAUAUAAUAGUAAUGCAUAAAAUACACUUUAUCCCCUUGAAAUAUGUCCAGAUAAGAGAACAUUUUAGGGUGGCCAAUUUUGCCAUACAAUUUGUGUUAUGUACUGAUACGUUCUAAAACAGUUAUAUUCUUAGACUGCAAUUCUAAUGCAAUGGAUACUCAUAUUCGACCC